AGUGAUUAUCCACCUAUAAUAGUAGAAGUCCAAAAAGGUGUGAAUAAAAAAUACAUGUCUUGCGCAGUACGCAACUCCACGUUGGUUUACGAAAAGUAUAAUAAAUACCCAGUUGUUUUAUUAAUUGGCGUAUCUACAGUAACCACAUCAGUAACCAGCAAAUUAACCCCGGCGAUAGACUACCCGCAUUGCCUAGAAGUGACAUGUCUAUUCUGGGCUAAACGCUGUUUAAUAAUGUCUUCUAUUACAUUAUCAAAGAUUGACCAGGCUGAGCAACUUGAUUCGUUAGCAGCUAUUAGUAUUUUUUUAUGUUCACAAAAAGUCUCGAUAGCGUACCUUGACUACGGCUCCGAUAAUUAUACUAUGCAGCUCUUAUACAAAGUAGCAAGAAUAUAUGCUGAACAAUUAGCUGGAGAAGAAUCAGAAAAAGCAGAGACUAUUGAUUCGAAUUGUGAUAAUACGGCAAACCAAAUU